GAUUUCUUAAAAUUGGAAUGUGAGCCUUCAUGAAAAAGAAAUCUGGCAACCAGAAGUGCCAGAAGUGAGGCAAGAGAGGCCAUUGGACUUAUGAGUGUACUAAUGAACGUCAGUAUCUCUACAGAGCUUCCAGGACUGAGAUGCUGAAAAAUCCAGAACUCAAGCCUGACUAUGAUUUUGAAAAACCUCCUAAAGGGCCAAAAAGAACUGAUUGGGACUACAGAAGAGGUGUUCCCAAGAGUUCAUCUUCUGAAUCAGGAAGUAGAAGCUCAUCAUCUUCUUCCUCAGAUGUUGAGCUUACAGAAAAGGAUAAAAGAAAAUUAAUGAAAAUGGCAGCAGAAGGAAAAAUGUCUCUUAGUUCAAAUAGUUCAAGCUCCUCGUCUCGCUCUUCCAGCAGUUCGUCUAGCUCAUCUUCACAAAGCGAAGAUAAAAAGAAGAGAAAGAAGAGGAGCAAUAAAAAGAGGAAGAAAUCUAAAAGAUCCAAGAAAAGGAGAAAAUCUUCAAGUGGCUCAAGAAGCUCAGUAAGCAAUGAGUCAGAUAUUAGUCAUAAAAAGAAUAAAUCUAGACCUGUAAAAUCAAAAUCUCCGAUCUCUCAGAGAUCGAAGGGUUCAAGGUCAAUAUCUCCUGUAAAAUCUCCUGUGAAAUCUCCUGUAAAAUCUCCUGUAAAAUCUCCUGUGAAGUCUCCUGUAAAAUCUCCUGUGAAGUCUCCUGUAAAAUCUCCUGUAAACUCCCCUGUGAAAUCCCCUCUUAACUCGCCUAAAGAGAAUAAGAAAUUGGAUAAACCCCUUGAAAGGAAGUCUCCAGAGAAGGUCCAAAAUCCUGAAGAGAGCAAGGCUCCAAAUAGAAGUCCAUCAAGAUCUUCAAGAAGUAGUCACAGAAGUGGUUCUUCUUCUAGUGACAUAGAAGUAGCAGAUUCAAAAGAAGAUAAGAAGUCUGAAAGGUCAAGGAAAUCUUCAAAAUCGUCCAGAUCUGCCAAGUCUAGAAGUCUGAGUAGUAGGAGUAGAAGUAGUGAUAGAAAACAUCGCCGUAGAAGAAGAGAUUCCAGAGAUCGCGACACAAAAAGGAGAGAUGACUCUUAUAACAGAAGGGGUGACUCUUACGAUAGAAGAAGAGACAGAAGAGAUUAUCAUAGAAGAGAUAGAAGGGACAGCAGAGAUCGCAGAGACCGUAGAGAUUAUAGAAGAGACCGCAGAACCCCAAAACCCCAAAACCCCAAAACCCCUUUAAAAUAGCAAAUAUUGAAAGUGCCUGACUUUAUAUUUCGUUAUCGUUCAAUUUAUCUUCAUACAUUCUAUCAUUGUCGUCUCCGAACUCAGCACUUGAUAUGACUUUUAUGGUCCUUUGUUCUAUAGUUCCUUUUUCUGGUUGAUUUGCUUGGGUGUGCUCACUGCUAUCUUUUUCCUUCUCUUCAUCAGAUUCAAUACAAGAAACGACAUUAAAUUUAUCAGAGCUCUCUGUACUGCAAGAUGCCGAUGGCUGACUUAUCUUCUUAGGAGCAAACUUCUUUUUAAUGACCCUCCCUUGGUAUUUGCUCCUAUCAGGCUUUAUCUUUUUGACAAUUUUAGGCUUUUCUGGUUUUACCUUCUUUGGCUUAGGUUCUUUAAUCUUCUUCUCUUUUGGCUUCGACUUUUUAGCAGGUUUCCUUUCUUUCUUGGCUUUAGCAGCUCCUUUUUGGACUGAGUCCUUCUUGCCACUCUUAUGAUUCCCCUUCUCAUCAAAGUUUUUAACGUUUUGACUACUUUUAUCUUCCUUUUUCUUCGAUUUUGAACUAGUUUUAGACAUCAGUCUGUUCUUACUAGAUAUUCUUGGAUUGCUCUGGUUAAGAAUAUCAUCAACCAUGACGUUAUGGUUCUCCAUAGAGACGCAUUUCUGGAGUUCAGCUAUAUUGACCUCAUCCUUCAAGUCCUCUGUGACUUUCUCAAUAGAGGUGUCUACUUCAAUAGAUUUCCUAUCUACCUUGGAUUUAUUUUCUCUGGAUUUUGGAAUUUUACUCUGUUCUUUCUUCUUAGUUCUUUCCUUGGAUUUUGAUGAGGCUUUCUUCUUCUGAUCUGGGCUAAUAUCCCGCUUUUUCUUGCCAUCCUUGUCACCUUUCUUCUCUGAUUUAGUUUGUUGACUUUGUAA